UUUAACGUGUGGUUCCCUCGGCUUGCUCGUUUCGCCUCCAGUGCAGCAAUGCUGACAGCUAUGAGCAAUAGUUAAUAUUACUUUUAAACAUUAAUUAAUUUUCCUCCCUGGUUCUACAGAUUAAACGCCAUUCCGGAUCAGGACCCUUUAAUGAUAUAAAUGGAGCCGUUGUCGACAAUGUGGAUAUAUCCGGCGUGCAUUUGUGUUUUCGUGUUCUGACCUGCUAAGGAUGCACAACAAACCGUGAUGAGCCGACCAGUUUGCGCUGAAACUACCCAGGAAGGUCAAGGCGUUGCGAGUGGGCCGAAGGGUGUCUGGCAAUCUGUACUGUGGUUGCACCCUGACAGCCUUGAUGCACAAAAUCGAACUCAAGGCGCAAAAAAAAUUAAGAAAAUAUCCAACACCUAGACCUGUACUGCUGAGGUCAAUUCACACACAGAUUUAAAUCUUCACCUGUGAAGAUGAAUACAGUCAGAGGUGGUACAGUUUCCUGGCGGCCACAGCCAUGGCAGGAUGCAGAGAGGGGUGGUGGAGAGCCUCUUUCGGAUAGCGACUCGGAGGAAGAGGAUUUUCCAGAUGAUCACUCAACUCCUUUGGGGGAAUACGUGACUCAGGGGUUAAAGCAGCUACUUGAUGCUCAGCAGUUGUGUGAUGUAACUCUUUUGGUGGAGGGAAAGAAGUUCAUGUGUCACAGAGUUCUUUUAGCAGCAGUCAGUCCAUAUUUUCGUGCCAUGUUUACCAGCCCUCUUGUAGAGUCUCGUCUCACUGAGAUCCGACUGGAGGAAGUGACACCCUCUGUUAUGCAGACAGUUAUUCACUUUGUUUAUACAGGGGAAGCCGGUCUUAGUCUCGACACAGCAGAGGAUUUAUUUGUAGCAGCCAAUCGACUUCAAGUGAUGCCCUUGCAGGACCUUUGCUCUAGAUUCCUUUUUGAACACCUCUCUGUGGAGAAUUGCCUGGGUAUGUACUCCCUGGCUCGUUCACAUCAUGAUCAGCUUCUCCUUCGGGCUUCUUUGCGACUUGUGGGCCAGCAUUUCCCUCGAGUGGCCCGGCAGCGGGAUUUCCUCCUGUUGGACCCAGGCACGCUUGGCAGCUUGUUGGAGUCUGAUCGAUUAGGUGUAGAGUCGGAGACAGAAGUUUACAAUGCAGCAAGACGCUGGGCAGAAUACCAGCCUGCUGAUCGCUACAGCCACAUGCCCAAUUUGUUACGUAAUUUACGCCCUGGUCUUUUGGGCCCUGAAGAAAGUCACCGUCUGAACCAAGAACUUGGGCCUCAGGCUAGUACUGAGGGCAUGGGAGGACCACUGAGGCCACGAGAAGGCAUGUUUGAGAAGAAAAUUGUUUGUGUGGAUCUUAAACCGAGGGAGGAUGAGUCUUUACAGGAAAGAAACUUCACAGUAGAUUGCUUUGACCCACGUACAGGGAAGUGGGAGAAGUUGGCAGCCUUGGGCUCAUUGCUUUGCCCUGGUUGCAUUGCUAUUGGAGGUCACUUGUUUGUGGCGGGUGGAAUUCUGCGGACAGGCCAAGUGUCAUCAUCACUGCAUGAGUACAAUGUUGUGCGAAACCGCUGGAUUGCACGGCCAUUAAUGGCUGAACCACGGGCAAUGUUAGGACUGCUUGGGUGCGGAGGUUUCUUAUAUGCUCUGGGUGGUUGUAACCGAUCAGCGUUUCUAGACACAUGUGAAAGAUUUGACCUUAACACACUCACCUGGGCAUCAGGACCUCGUUUGCCUUUGCCGUUGCGCUCUUUUGCUUGCGCUGCCCUUCGCAGUCGCCUCUACUUGCUUGGAGGUACCACACUGGAGCAGAGUAGGGCUGUGGUGCAUGCAGGCGUGCUUAUAUACCACACUGUUACACAGACCUGGAGCCGUGUUGCAUUAGACUCUGGUGCCACCUGCCUGGCUGGAGGAGUAGCAGUACGUGGUGGUGUUUGUGCCGUCGGAGGCUACUUACGUGAUGCAGCCAAGUUCCUAGAUGGCAACUACACCCAGGCCGAACCAUUAGAUGCUACGGGACGUGUGUUGUUCUUCCGAGAAGGACGGGGAUCAGGAAUUGAGCGUGAGGUGCCUGUUGCAGCAGACCGAGGGAGUGGUGGUAGCGACCGUGCCCCUAGCCCAGUGGUUUUUCCUGGUCUGCCAAGGCGUAUUGCUGCUGGAGGUGUGGCAAGAUGGAAGCGCAGGAUUUAUGUGUUGGGUGGCGAAAACGGGUCAAGAUUUUAUGAUAGUGUAUACUGCUGGAAACCUGGCUGGCGUAGCUGGGUCCAAAGACGGGAAAAAUUACCAGGAGAUACAGGAGGAGUUAGCCAGUUUGGAUGCACCACUCUGAAGUUCCCAAAAAAACACAUUUUGACGCGUCUUCGAGCUGCUCAACAGAAACGGGGGAAGGAAAAAAGGCCUAUCCGGUCAUGCAGAAUCAUGCGUAUUGAUAGGACAAAUCAGGUGUGAUUUUGUUUUAUGAGAUGAAUUAUUAUUUGUGUCACCUAGAUAUGUUUUUGCUCCGAAUUUUACAUCUUAAAUCUUGUUUGAUUUCUUGAUGUUCUGGAAUCCAUUAUUUUAUUACUGCAAAUUGAACAUAAGUUUUCAUUUUUUAAAUAUAGGAAAAAAGUAGAUAAAUGCAUAGGAUAUUUGUACGAUCUCAGAAUGUUCAUCAUGUGAAGAUGCCAAGAGAGUUGAGUUGCAAGUUAACCAGAUUUUUAGUGCAGUACUGUGCAAAGACUUUCUACGGUUCAAAAGCAUUGAUAACUCUACACAGAUGCCCAAAUUUCUUCUUGAAACUUUCUCAUUUUUAAGAAUGAGGAAUCAAAAGCUUGAAUCACAACAAAAAUCUUUUUUUUUUUCUCUGUCUUUGUAAAUUAGCUAAACUUCAGUAGGAAAACCAAAUAGACAGGAAUAUCAUUGGUGAAAAAAGUUAUAUUUUUUUAUCACUUUAUCACUGUGAUGCUGAAUAUAGAUUGCUACCUUACAAAAAUGUACCUUGGUAACCAUAAUUCCCACCAAAAUACCAUUGUUGCUACAGUUAGUGUUACUAAUGUAUAAUCAUAAUAAAUUAAUUUUUGAUCUCCCUUGCUCUGUUUGAGUAGGGUUCAGAAUCUCUCUCAUUUUAAUCAACUAUUGCUGUAUCGUUACCACAGUUUUAUUGUAAGAGUACUGUCUAUAGUGUGUGUAUGUGGAAACCAUGGUUACCUUGGCAACUUACCAUCUUACCAUGUUCUUAAACUGUUGCUUAACAGCUGUUCUGUAUGUCUUUUCAAUGAUCUGAUAAAAUUUACUAUGUUGCUGUACCUGAAAUGCUCUUAACUCUUGUUAACAAGAUGAAUUAUUGGUCCUUUGAAUAUGUCAUUCUGGGACGUUAACAAAUUCCUACAGAAGAGCCUAACAAAGUUGCUGGCCUCUUGGAAACAAAAGGUUGACUAGAUUUUGUAAUCCAGCAUAUUUCAAAGUUGCUCCAAGGGUGAUGGUCUGAAUAUUUAUUCAACUCCACUCCAGUAGGACAACUGCAGAGAUUAGUUACACACCUGCCUGUAAUUUUCAUAUAAUCCCAAAUAUAGUCUCUGUGGAACAAAAAUAGGUGUUAUCCAAUUUGUGGGUGUUUUCAAACCAGGAUGGGCGUUUCUAAACGAGCCAAUGAAAGUAGGGAUUCUCAAUGGUUAGAAAAUGCCCUCUGAUUGGGACAAGCCCGUUUUUGUUCUGCAGAAACAAAAAUCUCAAUAAUUCCAAUGACCUUGAUUAGGUGGUUCUGGUGUAUUUUAUUUCAUGUUGGAUCUGAACUCUGCAGGAUGGUGGCCAUCCAGGAGCAGGGUUGAAUAUCCCUGACUUAUGGUAGUAGUUGUGACCACAGCAGCUUUGUGUGGCUUAGCAUUUUACUUUUGAAGGGUCAAGUUAUGUUUCCUAACAUAGUUAUUGAUGAUUUUCUGCACAGUCACACACACUGUUCAGCUUGCCCUCAUUGAUGCUGAUCAGUAUAUACACCGAUCAUCUACAACAUUAUAACCACCUACCUAAUAUUGUGUAGGUCCGCCUCGUGCUGCCAAAACAGCACCAACUCGUAGAUGCUAUUCAACUCACCACAAUUGUACAGAGUGGUUAUCUGAGUUACUGUAGACUUUAUCAGUUCAAACCAGUCUGGCCAUUCUCUGUUGACCUCUCUCAUCAACAAGGCAUUUCCGUCCGCAGAACUGCCCCUCACUGGGUGUUUUUUGUUUUAGGCACCAUUCGGAGUAAAUUCUAGAGACUGUUGUGCGUAAAAAUCCCAGGAGAUCAGCAGUUACAGAAAUAAUCAAACCAGCCCAUAUGGCACCAACAAUCAUACAUGCGAUUAUCUAAUCAGUCAAUCGUGUGUCAGAAGUGCAUUUAAUCAUGUAGAUACAGGUCAGGAGCUUCAGUUAUGGGGCUUUUCCACUGCACGGUACAAGCUCGCUUUUUGGGGGUUUUCCACUGUGGAUAGUACCUGGUACUUUUUUUAGUACCACCUCGGUCGAGGUUGCAAGCGAGCCGAGGCGAUACUAAAUGCGACAUCAAACCCUGCAGGUCACUGAUUGGUCGGAGAGAAUGGUCACUACCAGCAUUAUUGGAUUUUCGACAAGGGACAUCAACACGCUAGUUUUAAAGUUAGCUACAGCGAUAGCAGUAUCAUUUGUUCACGUGACUUUCCAAUUGUCAGUAAAAAAGGUGCAGACAUUCCUCUCGUUUGUUUUGUGUUGCGUUUAAGAUCAUGUCACUGCAGUAGAGGCCGCGCAACUUUCACAAUCAGUCUAUAAUCCCACCUAAGCUCAGAAAAGUAAAGCAAGUAGAGUCGAUUUGAACUGUAACGUGCAGUGGAAAAGUGCCAUUAAUAUUCACAUCAACCAUCAGAAUGGGUAGAAAAUAUUUUGGACCGUGGCAUGAUUGUUGGUGCCAGAUGGGCUGGUUUGAGUAUUUCUGUAACUGCUGAUCUCCUGGGAUUUUUACGCAUAAAAACAAAAAACAUCCAGUUGUUUUCUCAGAGGUCAACUGAGAAUGGCCAGACUGGUUCGAACUGACAAAGUCUACAGUAUCUCAGAUAACCGCUCUGUACAAUUGUGAUGAGAAGAAUAUCAUCACUGAAUGCUAUCCUGAGAUACGGGUUGGUGCUCUUUUGGUGGCACGAGGGGGACCUACACAAUAUUAGGCAGGUGGUUUUAAUAUUGUGGUUGAUCAGUGUAUAUCUGUAGUAGAUGAUUGACAUCUUUUGCUCUUAUCUCAUUUGAACGUUUUUAACAAAAGAUUGUAAUAGAAACCAAAUGACUGCUUUUUGUAUGCUUUCAUAGUUUUUUUUUCUCUCUAAACUAUUAUAUUUCUGUCAUACAGCAAAAUGUUUUUUCUCAGAGACAAAAGGACUCUUGAAUUUUCAUCUGAUGUCAAACAGGUCUGUUUUAAUGUAAAAUAUUGAAAGCUGUUUGAAUGAAAAAUGAUCUGUGCUACCGUUUGCAUUACAAUAAA